GUAAGAUUGCCUAGACAUCAUACGAUUUUGCGACAUGGUGGACUCUCAAUUUGGUCCGGUUUCUGAAGCGAGCCUCGGCCUCGAGCCGUGCUCGAAUUUCCAUAUCAACGAUUACAUCAGUGCUGGUUUACCUACGACUCACAACGAAAUUUUGCAGUUUCUACACAAACAAGAUGGACCUCGGGAUGAUUGGCGCCUUCUGGAGGACAGUCGCACAGUUGACGGCUUAUCUUUAUCUAUCGAAGAAUGCAUACGUUGGGGCAUCUCCCCUGAUUUUAUCAGAC